AUGGCACUAUUGUGGUAUCUCAUUAGUUUCUUUCCCGGAGGAACCACGGGGCUGUUGAUUGCAUCCAUCAUUACGGUUUGGGUUCGUUCUUUUUGUCACAGCAAGGAGGUGGUAAAUGAGCGUUUUUACGAAUACCAAGGCAGAAAGGGAGAAAUGGUGCCAUGCAGUGCUCGAACGCUGACUGUCAAUCCAGACAUUCAGAUUUUGCCUUCGCUUUUGUGCUACAACUGUGAGAAAUUGCGUCUAGUAACUCUGCCCAAUGGAUUGAUCAAGAUUGGGAAUGGUGUUUUCUAUCGCUGCACAAGUUUGCUGAAAAUCAAGAUAUGCAGCACAAUAGAAUCUAUCGGGGGGUGUUCCUUUGCAGAAUGCGAAGCGCUGAAGAAAGUUGAAUUUGAAUGCUCCUCGUCUUCGCCCUAUCAGCUAAAGACAAUUGGCGAAUCCGCUUUCCAACGUUGCCACUCGCUAGAAAGAAUCAAAAUCCCUUCAUCCGUGAACUUGAUCGGUGAUUCUGCAUUUGACGGCUGCAGGGCCUUGAUUGAAGCAGAUCUGUCAAGAACGUCCAUCACGGAAAUCCCCAUCAAGGCGUUCAUGGGUUGUCUCUCCCUGCAGAGUGUGAGGCUACCAAAUACAUUGAAGUAUAUUUGCGACUUUGCGUUCGGUGCCUGCAUUCGUUUGGUCACAGUUGUAGUUCCCCUGGACUCUAAUCCGAUCGAGAUUGAAGAAGGAUCCUUCGGUAUGUGCAGUGCUCUUGCAAACAUUGUGCUCCCUCAAGGGUCCGAUGCUGCCGACGAAAUAAUUUCUGCUUUUGGAGUUAGAGCCAUAUACGGGUCUUUUCAUGAAUGCGCAUUAUUGCAAGAUCGCUUCGGUAAAGAAGCAGAUAAUAUUGUUGCCGGUUUGGUACGCCGGUUUGACAACUUUCCACUACACAAAAUCUUCUACGACCAUUCCUCUGUCACCACCCAAGAACUACGCGAGUGUAUUCAGAAGACAAAGGACGACAAUUUGCCACUAGUGGACAAGUUCGGGAUGACUCCAUUCCAUAUCCUCUUUUCGACUAUCGGACCAAGUCAAGAUCUUCUCGAAGUUCUUCUAGAAGAGUACCCAUACCACAUCCUGGACUGCAAGGAAGAUGCAAAUGGCAAGCGACCAAUGGAUUAUUUACUCUACAACUGGACGAAAACAACUCCAUCUUUGCUUCAAAGUACACUGGUUGGUUCACUUGUUCAUUGGGGUGCUAAAUCAUGGGUGGAAGAUGUGCGAAGUAGGGCGCAAGCUAUAUUUUCUGAACAUCAUCAUGGCAAGGAACACAGGGAAACUUUGUACAAUCAGACCCAAUCUGUCUUGGCACAUUACAAAUGUAAGGAAGACACGUCAAUCUUGGAAAUGACCUUGUGGAAAGGGCAACUCAAAGGUGAAUGGAGCAGUGAUGGUGGCAAGCAACAGCCUCUAAGCCGAGAAGAGUGCCGGUAUGUCUGUGGAUCGGACAUUGUGAUUCCGAAUGUAGUAGCGUUCUUGUGA